AUGCACCUGCUGCUAGGCAUUGUCCUGCUGUUCCUGGUGCUGCCUGACGCUGCUGGGGGACAGGAGAGCUGUUCCCCUCUGGUGCGGUGGGGUGACAGGCACCACUGGUGCUGCCACAUGAUGGUGGAGUUGGAAGAGCGAGACAGAACCCCCAGCCCUGCCCUGCCAGAGCUGGGGCGCUCUGGCAGCCCCAUCUGUGCCUGCCUGCCGGAGCGCUGGCUCAGGCUGCUGCAGUCAGUGGGGCCGGUGCCGCACAGUGGACUGAAGGUGCUGCUCCUGAAUGUCAGCAUGGCUGUCACCCACGAUGUCUUCAUCAAGUUUUCCCCCACGGAGGACCCCAGGAUGCUGAACAUGACAGGGAAGGGGAAGGCAGGCAAAAUCCAGCUCCCUAGGGAGAUAUUCCAGUCCCCGAGCAGCUGCACAGUGCGGGUGGUUGUGAUGGUCCUCAAUGCCCAGCAGCUUGGCGUGUUUCAGGGGGUCAACGGGAUGGAGCAGGUCCUGAAUGACACCGUGGUGGGCAUCCCGGUAGGAGAGACAAACGUCUCCAGGCUGCAGAAGCCGGUGCAGCUCACAUUCGCCCACGGGGAGCUGCCCCGCGGUGUCAGCCCGCAAUGUGUCUGCUGGGAUCCCAGGAAAGGGCAGGCAGGAGGCUGGAGCGGCAGUGGAUGUGUCACGCAGCCCGGGGACAAGGGGACAGUCUGCUCCUGUGACCAUCUCACCUUCUUCGCCCUCCUCGCGAACCUGACUCUGGACAGGUCCACAGCAGCAGAAGCUUUGAUGGCUGUUGCCUCUGCUGGCUGCGGGGUAGCCACAGCUUUCUCCAUCUUCACCGUCGCCUUUGGCAUCUUCUUAAGGUCCAGGUUCAGGGCCGAGGAAACCCUCCACACCAACGUGGGGCUGCACAUGAACGUCAUGGGCAGCCUGCUCCUCCUCAGCUUGGCCUUCCUGCUCAACAGCGGGCUCUCCGGUGGGACCCAGCUGGGGACCUGCAAGGUCCUGGGGGGGCUCAGCCACUACUGCCUGCUCUGCUGCUUCACCUGGAUGGUGCUGGAGGGCUGUCACCUCUACCUCCUCUUUGUCAAGGUCCUCUGCACCUACAUCCGCCACUACCUGGUGAAGCUGUGCCUGCUUGGCUGGGGCUUCCCUGCUCUCGUGGAGGGGGUGGCAGGAGUCGUUGGCAGCUAUGGAGAAUACAGCAUCCAGACCACGGACCACCAGGUCAUAGCCCACCUGUGCUGGAUCACUUCCAAACAUGUUUUGGUCCACUACAUCACCAGCUGUGCCUACUUUGGCCUCAUCUUCCUCUUCAACACAGCUGUCUUUGGGGUGGUGACCCAGAAAAGCUGCCGCCUGCAGGACACGGCAGUGCAGAGAGACCGCAAAGUCUGGAAGGUGGCCCUGGUGGUGAUGGGGCUCUUCCGCCUGCUGGUCAUCACCUGGGCCCUGGCAUUCCUCACCCACGGCACCUCCUCUACGCCCAUGGUCUACCUCUUCACCAUCCUCAACUGUCUCCAAGGAGUCUUCAUACUCAUCUGGCUGGUCAUCCUCUACUACCCAAAGACAAAGGAGACCAUGGGCUCCAUCUCCUACAUCAUCAAACAGAAAAGCACCUCAGUUUCCCAGGACUAG